AAUUUCUUUAGCGCUUAAACACGGUUUCUUCCUACAUGAAUUGAAAAUGAGUAUCGUGGGAGUCGUUGUCGUUAACGUAUCGGGUAUCGGCGAGACAGUAAAAGCUUAAAAGAAGGGCUUGUUGUCUGUCUCUCUGUGAAUAUCUCUUUUUUUUUUUUUUUUUUUCUCUCUCUGUGUUUUUCCUGAGAAGUUGGCCGAGAAAACAGAGCAGAGGAAAUCAAGGGGAGAGGUGGAGAAUGGCCGGGAACGAUUGGAUAAACAGCUACCUGGAAGCCAUAUUGGACGCGGGUCCAGCGCUAGACGACGCCAAGUCAUCUCUGCUGCUCAGAGAGCGAGGCCACUUCAGCCCCACCCGCUACUUCGUCGAGGAGGUCAUCACCGGCUUCGAUGAGACCGAUCUCCACCGUUCCUGGGUUAAGGCCGCGGCGACGAGGAGUCCCCAGGAGAGGAAUACGAGGCUGGAGAAUAUGUGCUGGAGGAUUUGGAACUUGGCUCGCCAGAAAAAGCAGCUUGAGGGAGAAGAAGCCCAAAGAAUGGCUAAACGUCGUCUUGAACGUGAACGAGGCCGCAGAGAAGCAGUUGCUGAUAUGUCUGAAGACUUAUCAGAGGGAGAGAAGGGAGAUGUAGUCACCAGUGACAUAUCAGCUCAUGGUGAGAGCAACAGAGGCAGAUUGCCAAGAAUCAGUUCCAUUGAUGCAAUGGAGACAUGGGCUAGUCAACAGAAAGGGAAAAAACUAUACAUAGUACUUAUAAGCAUUCAUGGUCUUAUACGGGGUGAAAAUAUGGAGCUCGGUCGUGAUUCUGAUACUGGUGGUCAGGUUAAGUAUGUUGUGGAGCUUGCUAGGGCCUUGGGCUCAAUGCCUGGUGUGUAUCGGGUUGAUUUGUUAACUAGACAAGUAUCUUCACCAGAUGUAGAUUGGAGUUAUGGGGAGCCCAUAGAGAUGCUGACUCCAAGAGACUCAGAAGGUUUAAUGGAUGACAUUGGGGAGAGCAGUGGUGCCUAUAUUAUUCGUAUACCAUUUGGUCCAAAAGAGAAAUACAUUCCCAAAGAACUUCUGUGGCCGUACAUCCCUGAAUUUGUUGAUGGUGCACUUAGCCAUAUAAUACAGAUGUCCAGAGCUUUGGGUGAGCAAAUAGGUGGUGGGCACCCAAUCUGGCCUGUUGCCAUCCAUGGGCAUUAUGCAGAUGCUGGGGAUUCUGCUGCUCUUCUAUCUGGUGCCCUAAAUGUACCAAUGCUUUUUACGGGCCACUCACUUGGCCGAGACAAGUUGGAACAACUUCUAAAGCAAGGCCGUCUGUCCAAGGAUGAAAUAAACAUGACAUACAAAAUUGUGCGUCGGAUAGAGGCAGAGGAAAUAGCCCUUGAUGCCUCUGAAAUAGUGAUAACUAGCACUGGACAAGAGAUAGAGGAGCAAUGGCGUUUGUAUGAUGGUUUUGAUCCAGUACUGGAGCGUAAACUACGGGCAAGGAUCAGGCGUAAUGUUAGCUGUUAUGGCAGGUUCAUGCCUCGUAUGGCCGUAAUUCCUCCUGGAAUGGAGUUCCAUCAUAUUGUUCCACAAGAUGGUGAUAUGGAGGGUGAGACAGAAGGAAAUGAAGAACAUCCUACUUCUCCUGACCCACAUAUCUGGUCCGAGAUAGCGCGCUUCUUUACCAAUCCUCGCAAGCCCAUGAUACUUGCCCUUGCUAGACCAGAUCCCAAAAAGAACAUCACAACUUUGGUCAAAGCAUUUGGAGAAUGCCGUUCACUAAGAGAGCUUGCUAACCUUACACUAAUUAUGGGCAAUCGUGAAGGAAUUGAUGAAAUGUCAAGCACGAAUUCUUCUGUUCUUCUCUCAGUGCUUAAGCUUAUUGACAAAUUUGAUCUCUAUGGGCAAGUGGCAUACCCCAAACACCACAAACAGUCUGAUGUUCCUGACAUUUAUCGUCUAGCAGCAAAGACAAAGGGGGUUUUCAUUAAUCCAGCUUUCAUUGAACCAUUUGGACUUACUCUUAUUGAGGCAGCAGCUUAUGGUUUGCCUAUGGUUGCCACCAAAAAUGGAGGUCCUGUCGAUAUACAUCGGGUACUUGACAAUGGUCUUCUUGUUGAUCCCCAUGAUCAGCAGUCCAUUGCAGAUGCUCUUCUAAAGCUUGUUGCGGAUAAGCAGCUUUGGGCAAGAUGUCGGCAGAAUGGUUUAAAGAAUGUUCAGCUGUUUUCAUGGCCAGAGCAUUGCAAGACUUACCUAUCUCGAAUAGCUACCUGCAAACCAAGGUAUCCACAUUGGCAAAGAGGUGAUGAUGGAGAUGAAAGUUCAGAAUCAGAGUCACCCGGAGAUUCCUUGAGAGAUAUACAGGAUAUAUCUUUGAACUUAAAAUUUUCAAUGGAUGGAGAAAAGAGUAUGUCUACUGGAAAUGAUAAUUCUUUAGAAUCUGAAGGAAAUGCUGCUGAUAGAGGGAGUAAGUUAGAGAAUGCCGUUUUGACAUGGUCAAAGGGCAUUUCAAAGGAUGCGCGAAAGGCUGGAUCCACAGAGAAAGCAGACCAUCAUAACAGAUUUCCGGCACUGAGGAGGAGGAAACAUCUCCUUGUCAUUGCUGUGGAUUGCGAUAGUGAUACAGGUCUUCUUGAAACCAUCAGAAAGAUUUUUGAAGCUACAGAAAAGGGAAGGAGUGAAGGCUCUUUAGGGUUCAUAUUGUCAACAUCCUUGACCAUAUCUGAGAUACACUCAUUUCUGGUCUCAGGGGGGUUGAGCCCUAAUGAUUUUGACGCUUUUAUUUGUAACAGUGGCAGUGAUCUCUACUAUUCAUCUCUUAAUCUGGAGGAUAGUCCAUUCGUGGUUGACUUUUAUUACCACUCACACGUUGAAUACCGUUGGGGUGGAGAAGGCCUGAGGAAGACUUUGGUUCGUUGGGCAGCUUCUAUCAAUGAUAAAAAGGCUGGGAAUGCGGAACAGCUGCUUACUGCAGCUGAACAACUUUCAACCAACUACUGUUAUGCUUUUAAAGUGCACAAGCCAGAAAUGGUACCUCCUGUUAAGGAGCUUAAGAAGGCGCUGAGAAUUCAAGGUCUGCGUUGCCAUGCUAUUUAUUGUCAGAAUGGGACCAGGCUUAAUGUGAUUCCUGUAUUGGCAUCACGUUCCCAAGCCCUCAGGUAUCUAUAUGUUCGUUGGGGUGUGGAGUUGUCAAAGAUGGUGGUUUUUGUUGGAGAAUGUGGGGACACAGAUUAUGAAGGAUUGCUUGGUGGGCUGCACAAAAGUGUAAUAUUGAAGGGAACUUGUAGCAGUGCCAUUAAUCAACUUCAUGCCAACAGAAGCUACCCACUUUCGGAUGUCAUGCCAUCUGACAGCCCCAAUAUUGUUCAGACAACUGAAGAAUGUAGCAGCGAUGAAAUCCGGGCUUCCUUGGAAAAAUUAGGUCUAUAGACAACAGAUAGAGAUCUCCAACAAUUUUACUGCCUGCAUUGGUAUCGAUUCGGUCUGCAAAUCUGAGAAAGCUCCAAUAAAACCUACUUGUUCAAGUAGGUGUCGGGCAGCCCACCUACGUGUUUGGGCAGGUAGAUCCUAUAAAAGUCCUCACACAUUUGUUGGCCAGGUUGCUUGUAAUUCGAAUAGCAAUUGUUGGAGAUUUGAAUCCAUAAACAACGCCCUCGCUACUUGUGGAUGCAAUUGAGGCUUCCUUUGUAUGUUGCUGUUAUUACUACUACAUGAGCAUUCCCUUAUUCUUUAGAAUCUUGCCCUCCAUGCUUGUUUUUAGAUUUCCUUGUAUAAAAUCAAGAGCUAUAUCCAAUUUUUGUUUGUUCUAGUCAAAAACGAAAACCCUUUGCUGCUUCAGUGACAUGGGAGUUCUGAAUAAGAAGCCUACUUUUCUGCUGUUUGUGUAUAA